AUGGCUAUACCGAACGAGAAGCUGCAGCAGCUCCUACAAGAGAUCUCCUCGAAAGCUGCCUUUGCCGAGCAACAACUAGGCAUCGUUCGUUCUCAGAUCGCCUCGAAAAAUCGCGAGAGUCGGAUGCUACAGCUCUCCGAUACGGAGAUCGAUGCUCUGCCCGCCAAAACUCCUGUGUACGAUGGUGUUGGCAGGAUGUUCGUGUUGACCAGCACAGACGACGUAAAGAAGCGACAAGCCAAGGAGGCAGAAGAUAUUAAAAAGGAGCUUUCGAACCUGGACAAGAAGUUGAACUAUCUAGAGCAGACGUACAAGAACAGCAAUGAGCAUAUGGAGCAGAUCUUGAAGAGGGGAGGUUGA